UCGGCGGUUGAGUUAAAAGGGCAGCGUGAAGUGGGGCAGAGGCGCUGACUCCCUCGAGGGGCAGACGGGCUUCGCAGAGAGACCUGGGCUAAUCGGAGGGCUGGGCAGUCGCUACUGUGUGAAGUUUUAUAAGGGCAAGUGCCGGUCUGCGCCUGGGAGAGGGUAACUCUGGACAAAUGGAAAAGCUGGUUGCUUGUGUACAAAAAAAGCCAGAUGCUGUUUGUAGACUGAUUUGCUUUCCAUGGGCUGGAAGUGGAACUUCACAACUUGCUCAAUGGGGUAGACUCUUCAAUGACUCAAUUGAAGUGUUCUGUAUAAGGCUUCCUGGAAGAGAAACUCGUCUUGAAGAGCCUUUUGCAAAAGACAUGACAAGUGUAGUUAAUGAAAUUACAAGUGUUUUGUUAAAAGAAUUGAAAGAAAAACCAUUUGCAUUUUUUGGUCACAGUUUUGGAACUUACACGAGUUUUGCCGUUGCACUUCAUCUGAAAGAAAAGUACGGACUGGAGCCAGUCCAUCUUUUCAUGUCAGCAGCACAUGCCCCAAAUUCUGCAGCAUAUCUUGCCGUCAAAAGCAUAGUCUUACCUGAUGGACACAAUGACCUUCUUGCAAUUAUGGAGAUUCUAGGAGGAAAUUUUGAGCUUCCACAUGAUGAAAACCUUUGGAGAGAUAUGGCGCUUACUUUCAGAGAAGAUGCUAGACUUUUUCAGACAUGUUCAUUUGAGAAGACAGAAAUUAAUAUCCCCUUCUCCUGUGAUAUUACCUACUUUUGUGGGUCUGAUGAUAAAAUAUAUGAUGCAAAAGGUUGGCGAGAACUAACGAGUGGAGAUACUUCCUUUUAUGAGCUUCCUGGAGAUCACCUUUAUCUGCUGAAACCAUCUAAUGAAAGCUUCUUGAUAAAACACAUCACAAGAAGCAUAGAAAAUGGUCUAUGAGUAUUUCCCUCAAUUUUAAUAGCAGAAUGUGUAAGGUUAGUCCACAGAAAUUUGUAAUAAGUGACUUCUUUCUCUACAUUGCAUGCACUUAUGCCUCAAAGUUGUUCUGUUCCUCCUCUGUAAUCCUUUAUAAGGGGGAGUUUUCCUGAUGUUUUGAAAACAAACAUUGGCUUUGGGUCUUAAAAAAGAUUUAAUCUUUUCCUUCUUCUCUUGCACAUGUACAAACUCUUCACUUUAUUCCAUAACCCUGUUUGCAAAAAAAUUACGUCUAUGUUA